CGCAGUCUCGUUCCGUUUCACUGUAUCUACUUGUUCAAAAAGACUGCUCAAGCGACCACAGUUAUAUCUGACCGAGUGAAUACAUUCAAAAAUCUGAAGAUUCCCCCCAUCUGCCCGAAAGAGAAAUAAAACAGAAAUGAAGCUUUAUGCUAAAGAAAGGGCAAUGGCAGGACCAAGACCGGUGGUGUUGAGCGGGCCUUCUGGAGCAGGGAAGAGCACUCUGCUCAAGAGGCUUCUCAGGGAGUACGAAGGAGUGUUUGGCUUCAGCGUCUCACACACGACAAGGAACCCAAGACCUGGAGAAGAGAAUGGCAAGGAUUACCAUUUUGUGACCAAGGAGGUGAUGCAGCAGGGAAUAGGUGCAGGUGACUUCAUUGAGAAUGCAGAGUUCUCUGGAAACAUGUAUGGAACAAGCAAGGCAGCAGUGCAGGACGUGCAGGCCAAGAACCUCAUCUGUAUUCUGGAUAUCGACAUGCAGGGGGUGAAGAACAUCAAGAAAACCGACCUGAACCCCAUCUACAUCUCUGUGCAGGCACCCUCUGUGGAUAUUCUUGAAAAGAGGCUGCGGGACAGGCAAACAGAAACUGAAGAGAGUUUACAGAAGCGACUUGAUGCGGCGAGAACUGACAUGGAGAUCAGUAAAGAGCCUGGUCUUUUCGAUAUUGUAAUUAUUAAUGAUGAUUUGGAAGAGGCAUAUGGAAAAUUAAAAUCCGUUCUCAUUGAGGAAAUUGAGAAGGUCCAGGAAUCCAAUAAGUCCUAACAUGGAGAACUUGAGACAGCUACCUUGCAGGCCAUUCCUGACAAACAGUUAACCAGCCUUCCAUUCCAAUAUAUAACAUUCCCAUAAGACCUUUCCCUUCCUUCCACUAAUAAUAUUUAUUAUAAUUACCUCUGACUUUGAGGGACUUCCAAAUAUGUUAUGACAUGUUUGUGCAUUUGAAGGUUUAUUUAUCUUUUAUUAUUUCUAGGUUUAUAUGUAUUGUACAUUUAUUUAGCAGCCCUUCUUGUCCACUGCUGUCAAGUGCUGGUUUUCCUAUACAGAAAAAGUUCACUCUGCAGCCACAAGACACCAGUAGCUUGAAUAGUUAUUUGGGUAUGUAUGUACUUCAUUGUUUGGGUGUAUUUAUUACAAAAGAUGAUCCACAACUGUAGACUUUUUAGUAAAAGAGAAAUAUACUAAUGUCUAUUAACUUGUUUGGGCCCACAAUAUUUUCCUGUGAAGUAAAAAGAAAAUAAAAUAGGAAAUGUGAUUUCAGUCAAUAUGAGUAAGAAGUAUUUUGCAUGACAAUUUGUUGCAGUGGCACUUUACUUGCCAGCAACUUCUAUUACAGCUUUUAAUAAUAAUAAUAAUAAUAAUAAUAAUAAUAAUGGUUUUUAAAACAUCACAGUUGCACUAAACAUCACCUCUAGCUGUAUUAUCUUAGAUAUGAUAGGUGCACAGGAAACCCUUGCUUUUAAGAGAGUGGAGAUAAACAUGCAUAUUGUUUAAUAGAUGGCUGAGCGGUUCUGCCCCCACAAUGCAGAUGACAACAUGGUCUUAAUACCAUAGGAGAUGGUAUAACUUAAAAAUCCUCUAUUUCAAAGAACGUGACGUAAAUUAAGUUUUAUUUCAUGUGAGUUUUACUGCCCCCAUGUGUGUUUCGUACGGGGGGUAUUUGUUUGUCUAAGAAUCUCUAUCAGCUGUUGUUCAUGAUCGUUUUGACUUUAUAUGAUGUAAAAUUAUUGACAAAAGAAAUUUUGAAAUACAUUUGACAGGGAAAAUCUACCUGUAUUCAUAGCUUUAGGAAUAAUUUAAGAUCAUUUUUGUGUGUAUGUGUUUAUUGUAUUUUUCAAUGCUGUCAUUACAGUUUAAAAUAAUAUAAUAUAGUAGCCUGUGAUCUCAGAUGUCAAACAGCAGGUUAGUUCCCUUCUUGCAGCACUGUCUGUAUCACUGUACCUGCAACAUGAAUAUUUCAACAACAAAAGCUCUUGCUCUCUACAAUACCCAUUGAAACAAAACAUCUUUUUCACUACAAUUAAGCUAUUUAAAAAUAAUAAUUGGAUUAUAAACCAUGUGUACUUUUACUGUGUUUCCAGUUCAACUAAACUUGGAAAUGCAAACUGGUUUAGUGAAGCCUGUUAUGUAAAGAUGGUGGCUGAUAUUCUAUUUCUAUCAGUCCUAGGCAGUGGCACAGAGGAUGUGAUGUCAUAAAGGACUAAAAGUGAACAACAGCCACAGUAUUGGUGUUGUUCAGUAUACAUUCUCAAGGGUUACAAUCUGAGCAGGUACAAGUACAAUACACAAUACCUGCUCAUAAUUAAGACCAUUCUGUCUGUCCUUAUCAGUUUGAAGUGAACAAAAUCUUCCUCUGGUGGUCAGAAUAGAGAGAUUCAACCUUGCGUGUAAGCAGAGUUUUUGCUUGCCAGGAAGAAUUCAAAAAAUUAGUUCAGACUGCAUAUGUUUUAUUCUUUUAUUUGCUUUUCAAAACUAAAAUCAUGUAGCAUUACCUAAAAGGUUCAUCUUGUGAAUAAUGGGGACAGCACACCAUAUUAUUCAAAUAAGUAUAGAAAAAAAGUAUGGGAACAGCCUAAUCUACCUUCUCUAAUUGGUAUUGUAAGAGUGGUAUAGUAUAACUAGGGCUUCUGAUUUUCGAUGUUUUCCGCCGACUUUUCUACUGUCCUUUAAAAAUUCAAUUGUUACCUGUUAAGCCUUUCAUGUGUCUCAAUGACAACUGAGAAACAUGUUAAUAGUAAAAUUAAUUUAAUUUACAGGGGUAUGAAGCAACUAAAUGGGAUUUUAAAUUGUAAGUCUUACUUUUUCAAAAGAGAACUGACUCUCUAUUAAUGUAAAUAGUCACGCAGAACGAUUGUAAUGGUGUGUCCAGCAUAAAAUACUUUUAUUUUUCAUUAUAGCGGAGGGUCGUGGGUUCAAUCCCAGGUGGGGGACACUGCUGCUGUACCCUUGAGCAGGGUACUUUACCUAGAUUUCUCCAGUUAAAACCCAUCUGUAUAAAUGGGUAAUUGUAUGUAAAAAUAAUGUGUAAAAAAAUAAUGCAAUUGUAUGUAAAAAUAAUGUGAUGUCUUGUAACAAUUGUAAAUCGCCCUGGAUAAGGGUGUCUGCUAAGAAAUAAAUAAUAAUAAUGUGGCAAUACGUUCUGCUUGUUAAUCAAAAAUUAAGGCGUGGACCAUUUUUAAAAGCCAAUUUAGUUGUUUCACAGAAAAAAAAAAUCGUAAAUGAAAUCAAUUUUACUAUUACCACAUUUCUCAGUUGUGAUUGAGAUUCACGAAUGGCUUAACAGGUAUCAAUUGAAUUGUUAAAUGAGAGUAGAAAAGUAGGUAAAGCACAGCAAAUCUGAAGAACCUGUCUGCAGUAAAGGUUAGGGUCAUUUUAAUUGUAGGAAAAAAGAAAAAAAACUUUUUCUUUUAAACAUGAUCAAACAUGUAUUAAUUAUUGUUGGGUUUAAGUGUGUGGUUUUAUUCUGUUCUAAUAUGUGUAGUUACUGCAUUUCUUUAAGUGAUGGAUCUCUCUUUAAAACAUUCAGUGGUGCCCGAAUAGCUGGUCCUACAUUUAGCAAUGAUUGGGACUUGAACAAAGUAGAAUCCAGGAAGAAUAUCCAUCAACAGCAAAUGUUCCCAACUGGAGGCCUCAGGGUGAAAAUGGAGGGUACACCGAACCAUCCACACUGCUUAAAAUACAAGACAAGGAAUUUAUGUCCUGCUUCUUUCUCAGCUGGAUACUUAACUUUUCUUUGACAAACAGGGUUAUGUACUGUAUCAUGGUUAUGUGUUAAUUGGUUUAACUUGGAUUUUUAUAGCACUGUUCAACUUUUAAUAAAGUUAAUGUGAAACAC